CAUCGAUAUACAACCUAAGCUAGCCUAGCUACCUCUCCAGAUACAUAUAUUUUAGAAAGAUAUGGAGCGCUCCAUGCGUUUAUUUUCAACUGCCUUCGUCUUCUUUCUGCUUCUAGCAGCUGCUGGGAUGAUGGGGCCAAUGGUUGCUGAGGCUAGGACCUGUGAGUCUCAGAGUAAUCGGUUCAAGGGAACUUGCGUGAGUACAACCAACUGUGCAUCUGUUUGCCAAACUGAGGGCUUCCCUGGUGGCCAUUGUCGUGGCUUUCGCCGCAGAUGCUUUUGCACUAAACAUUGUUAAUUAGCGAUAAUCGUGAUACUCCUGCAUGCACAUUUCUAUGUGGGCCUGGGAGGAGACGAUUAUGAAUGAUCACUUACAUCAGUGGCCGUACGUGCAACUAAAAUAAAUUAAAAUAUAAUGACUCAAUUUAACAGUUGGGUUAUUAUUAUUAUAUCCUUGUCCUUGUUUGUUAAUUAAGUACCACCCUCGUGAGUUGCCUUGCCUUGUUUUAUCAACGAUGUCUUUGUAAUGCGUUUGUAAUAAUGCAAUAUUAUUGAUUUCCUCAACCAAA